ACCCUUGACCUUGAUGUUACAACACCUCUAACCAGCUGAGCUGAUUGGCCAGCCUUGUGUCCGUGGAGUGGAGUAGCUGAAUCAUAUGGUCACUUUAGCCUUCUGAGGAACUGCUAGAAGGUUUCCAAAGCAGUUGCACCACUUUACAUACCCAUCAGCAGUGUAGUAUCUGCAAUGGUGAAAUGAAGUAACUCAAAGAUGAGCAAGUUAAAAGUCAUAUCAGAGAAAAGCCUUACCAAUAAUUCUCGGGUUGUGGGACUCCUGGCUCAGCUGGAGAAGAUCAAUACCGAAUCUACAGAAUCAGAUACUGCCAGAUAUGUUACAUCAAAAAUUCUUCAUCUGGCUCAAAGUCAAGAAAAAACAAGGAGAGAAAUGACAGCCAAAGGUUCUACAGGAAUGGAAGUUCUGCUGUCAACAUUAGAGAACACAAAAGAUCUUCAAACUACCCUUAAUAUCUUAAGCAUUCUUGUUGAGCUGUUGUCAGCAGGUGGAGGUCGAAGAGCAAGUUUCUUAGUUGGCAAAGGUGGUUCACAGAUAUUGUUACAAUUACUUAUGAAUGCCAGCAAAGAAUCUCCCCCACAUGAGGAGUUAAUGGUACAGAUUCAUUCUAUUCUUGCAAAGAUUGGACCAAAAGAUAAAAAAUUUGGAGUGAAAGCUAGAAUCAAUGGGGCUCUGAAUAUAACGUUGAACUUGGUCAAACAGAAUUUGCAGAAUCAUCGCUUGGUUCUACCUUGUCUUCAGCUUUUACGAGUAUAUUCUGCCAACUCCGUCAAUUCAGUAUCCUUAGGGAAAAAUGGAGUUGUGGAGCUAAUGUUUAAAAUCAUCGGACCAUUUAGUAAGAAGAAUUCAGGUAUUAUGAAGGUUGCUUUAGACACUCUUGCUGCAUUGCUAAAAUCAAAAACAAAUGCCAGGAGAGCUGUAGACAGAGGAUAUGUCCAAGUGCUUUUAACAAUUUAUCUAGAUUGGCACCGUCAUGAUAAUCGGCAUAGAAACAUGCUCAUUCGGAAAGGAAUUUUGCAGAGUUUAAAAAGUGUUACAAGCAUCAAGUUGGGAAGAAAAGCAUUUAUUGAUGCCAAUGGGAUGAAAAUUCUGUAUAACACUUCACAAGAAUGUUUGGCAGUCAGGACUCUUGAUCCUCUUGUCAACACCUCCAGUCUGAUAAUGAGGAAGUGUUUCCCCAAAAAUCGCCUGCCACUCCCAACGAUUAAAAGUUCUUUCCAUUUCCAGUUGCCGGUUAUUCCUGUGACUGGCCCUGUGGCCCAGCUCUACAGCUUACCCCCUGAAGUGGAUGAUGUAGUGGAUGAAAGUGACGACAACGAUGAUAUUGAUGGAGAAGCUGAAAAUGAAAUUGAAAAUGAAGAUGACCUAGCUCAAAAUUUUAAGAAUGAUGAUAUUGAGACAGAUAUUAACAAACUAAAACCCCAGCAAGAACCAGGACGAACUAUAGAAGAACUAAAAAUGUAUGAACACCUUUUCCCUGAACUUGUUGAUGAUUUUAAGGACUAUGACUUAAUCUCCAAAGAACCAAAGCCUUUUGUAUUUGAGGGAAAAGUACGUACUCCUAUUGUUGUGCCUACGGCAGGAGAGGAAGCAUCUGGGAAUUCAGGCAAAUUAAGAAAAGGAAUUGUAAUGAAGGAGAAUGUAUCUUCUAAAGAAGAUGAAGGUGAUAAGAAACCUACCUUUAUGAAUCUAGCAAAAGAAGAUAUUAAAGAUAAUGACAGAACAUUACAACAGCAGCUAGAUGACCAGAAUAGAACUAUUUCAUCAGUCCGUGGCUUAAACAAUGAUAUCGUAAAGGCCUUGGACCGAAUUACAUUGCAGAAUAUUCCUUCUCAAACAGCCCCAGGUUUUACUGCAGAAACAAAGGACUACAGUCUCCCCCUUAGUGUUCUUACGUGCACUAAAGCAUGUCCCCACAUGGCUACUUGUGGAAAUGUUCUGUUUGAGGGAAGAACAGUUCAGCUAGGGAAGCUUUGUUGUACUGGAGUUGAAACUGAAGAUGAUGAAGAUACUGAGUCUAAUUCAUCAGUGGAACAGGUAUCCAUUGAAGUACCUGAUGGACCAACACUGCAUGACCCAGACCUCUAUAUUGAGAUUGUGAAAAAUACAAAGUCUGUCCCGGAAUAUUCAGAAGUGGCUUAUCCUGAUUAUUUUGGUCACAUUCCGCCUCCAUUCAAAGAGCCAAUUUUAGAAAGGCCUUAUGGUGUACAAAGGACAAAAAUUGCCCAAGAUAUUGAGAGACUAAUACAUCAGAGUGAUAUCAUAGAUCGAGUGGUAUAUGAUAUAGAUAAUCCAAAUUACACCAUUCCAGAAGAAGGAGAUAUUUUAAAGUUUAACUCCAAAUUUGAAUCUGGGAAUCUGCGCAAAGUAAUUCAAAUUAGAAAAAAUGAAUAUGAUCUGAUUCUGAACUCAGAUAUAAACAGCAAUCAUUAUCAUCAGUGGUUUUACUUUGAAGUCAGUGGAAUGCGGCUAGGUGUUGCUUACAGGUUUAACAUCAUUAACUGUGAAAAGUCCAACAGUCAAUUUAAUUAUGGUAUGCAACCACUCAUGUAUUCGGUUCAGGAAGCGUUAAAUGCCAGACCAUGGUGGAUUCGUAUGGGGACUGACAUUUGUUACUAUAAAAAUCACUUCUCAAGAAGUUCGGUAGCUGCAGGUGGACAAAAGGGAAAAUCCUACUAUACAAUUACAUUCACAGUCAAUUUUCCACAUAAAGAUGAUGUUUGCUACUUUGCUUAUCAUUAUCCAUAUACAUAUUCAACUUUACAGAUGCAUCUUCAAAAAUUGGAAUCAACACACAAUCCUCAGCAAAUCUAUUUUCGAAAAGAUGUCCUAUGUGAAACCUUGUCUGGAAACAGCUGUCCUUUGGUGACUAUAACAGCAAUGCCAGAGUCUAAUUACUAUGAACAUAUCUGUCAAUUCAGAAAUCGCCCUUACAUUUUCUUAUCUGCUCGGGUACAUCCUGGAGAAACUAAUGCAAGUUGGGUUAUGAAAGGAACAUUGGAAUAUCUCAUGAGUAAUAACCCUACUGCUCAGAGCUUACGAGAAUCUUAUAUUUUUAAAAUUGUCCCUAUGCUAAAUCCAGAUGGUGUCAUCAAUGGAAAUCACCGCUGUUCUUUAAGUGGAGAGGAUUUGAACAGGCAGUGGCAAAGUCCAAAUCCAGAUUUACAUCCUACAAUUUAUCAUGCUAAGGGGCUGUUACAAUACCUAGCUGCAGUGAAGCGUUUACCCCUGGUUUAUUGUGAUUAUCAUGGCCAUUCCCGAAAGAAGAAUGUAUUUAUGUAUGGCUGCAGCAUCAAAGAGACAGUGUGGCAUACCAGUGAUAACGCAACUUCAUGUGAUGUUGUGGAAGAUAUAGGAUACAGGACUUUGCCUAAGGUACUGAGCCAUAUUGCCCCAGCAUUUUGCAUGAGCAGCUGUAGCUUUGUAGUGGAAAAAUCUAAAGAAUCCACAGCACGUGUUGUAGUUUGGAGGGAAAUAGGAGUACAAAGAAGCUAUACCAUGGAGAGUACUUUGUGUGGCUGUGAUCAGGGAAAAUACAAGGGUUUACAGAUUGGUACUCGAGAAUUGGAAGAGAUGGGAGCAAAAUUUUGUGUUGGUCUACUGCGUUUGAAAAGACUGACAUCCCCAUUGGAAUAUAAUCUGCCUUCCAGCCUGCUUGACUUUGAAAAUGACUUAAUUGAAUCAAGCUGCAAAGUAACUAGCCCUACCACUUACGUUUUGGAUGAAGAUGAACCGCGAUUCCUUGAAGAAGUUGAUUACAGUGCAGAAAGUAACGAUGACCUAGAUGUUGAAUUGACUGAAAAUGCAGGAGAUUAUGAACCUUCUGCUCAAGAAGAAGGACUUUCUGACUCUGAAUCAUCAAGAACAUACCUACCCUGAGCCCUCUGCCGUCUCUUGUUAACUGCAAAGAAAUGAAAUAUCUUCGUUUUUAUUACACAGGAAAUUUGAGAGAAACGAGUUUAUAGAGAGCUGACUCAAAAAGACAAAAGGAACUUGGGCCUGUUUGGUUUCAAGACAAUAAAUAUUAUUAAUUCAUGAUAAAAUGGGCACUUGUUUUAUUUUAGGUAUUCAGUGCACUUUAUGUAGCAUUGAAUUAUCAAAUAUUGGAUUUACUUUUUGAAAGAAACCUGAGUAUCAUUGCAUGAAUUUUUAUCUCCUUAGGGUUAUAUCCUGCAUCAAAUGGAUAAUUUUGAAGUGUGUCAGAAUAUAAAAUCCAAAUUCUAGAGUUGUUGAAAAUCCGGAAUUGUUGAAAACUAAUAUAUGUGUACAUGGGUUUCUAUAGAUGUGUUUGUGUCAGGGUGGGUUGAUAUUGAAGAUAAGACUGUUCUUCAUAAUCAUGUUAACUGUUGGGUUGUGACUGAAAUAAUCCAGAGUUUGCCUUGAAAACAGUACAUUCUACAUUUACUAAAUUAAACAAAUAAAAAUUACAUUAAGUGUUGCAUUCAUUUUGUCAUCCUUUUUAACCAGCCCAGAUUAUUUGAUGUAUAGAACUUUGGGAGAAUAUUAUAAAAUGCUGAUAUCUGAACACAUUGAUAAAAAGUUUUAAAAGAAAUGCCUGAUUUACCAGUCGUACAUUUUUUAUGGUGUAGGUAUACCUGUACCUUUCAUAAAAGAUAUAUUCGAAUAACUCUUUCCUCUAAAAUUGUCUCGUGGACACACCUGAAGUUUAUCACUGCAAACAGUUUGUUAAGAAACUUUAAAAAUGCAGUAAGGAUAUGAUCGAUGUUAAAUAUGCCUUCGUAUCCUGAGCUUAUUUAGCGCCUUGCGAGCUGUGCUAUAGACUUAUUAAACUUA